AUGCCAAAACGUGUAAAGGAAGAGACAUUGACUAUUAGAGACACUCAAGAUAUCCAAAAGAUCAAACCAGAACAUGUUGAAGGAAAAGGAAAGGAAAUUGCACGUAAGUGUAGGCAAAUAAUAUUUCUUUGUUGCAAAGAACGGAUAGGACUUUUUAGCUUAGCAGAAACGUCACAUUUUAGGAAUUAG